CCCUCCCGGCCUCCCAUUCCUCUCUUUAUAAGAGGCGGCCACCGUCACUCGGAUGCUCUACGACCCUCGGCUCACAGCUCCGCUACCGUCGUUCUCAGUUCCAGCCACCACUGCAGGGCCAUGGCUCCUCAAGCCGCAUUCCUCCUCCUCGUGCUUCUCGCAGCUUCUUCGGCUGCCGUCUCCUCCUCCUCCUCCUCGGCGGCGGACGCGCCGGUCGCGUCGUGCCCCGGCGCGGGGAGCUUCGCCGCCGACGGCGCGUUCGCGGCGAACCUCCGCCGUCUCAUGUCCCUCCUCGAGGCCAAGGCCCCCGCCGCCGGGUUCGACAUCGCCACGGUAGGCGGCGGCGAAGGCGGCGGCGAGCGCGUGCACGGCCUCGCGCUCUGCCGCGGCGACGUGGCGCGGGCGGCGUGCGCCGAGUGCGUCCGCGCCGCGGCGGCGCACGCGCGGCGCCUGUGCGCGUCCAAGACGGACGCCGUCGUGUGGCUCGACGCCUGCACGCUCCGCUACGCCGCGGGUCGCCCCUUCUUCGGCGAGGUGGACCGCGACCACCGCGCGUUCGCGCCCGCCGUCGCGCUCCGGGCCGCGCCGUCGUCGUCGUCGAGGUCGGCCGAGCUCGACCGGGAGGUCGCCGGCGUGCUGCGGCGGCUGACGAGGACGGCGUACCUCUCCCCGCUGUUGUUCGCCGCCGGGGAGGCCCGGGCGACGGCGGCCGGCGCCGGCGCCGGCGGGCAGCAGAGGCUGCGCGCGAUGGCGCAGUGCACCAAGGACCUCUCCGGCGGGGACUGCAAGGCGUGCCUGGAGGCCGCCAUUGCGCAGCUGGUGGCGAGGGGGUGCGCGCCGGAGGGCGGCAGGGUGCUCGGCGGAAGCUGCAGCCUCAGAUACGAGCUGUCCCCGUUCUUCGAUUCCUAAGAUAGCUACUGCUACUAAACCAACCUGCAUCCGGUGGUUGGCACUUGUAAAUUUUAAGGGGUCAGAUUGUUGUGACGAUGUGCUGUGCAUAGUCAAAGAUUCCAAGGGAAUCAAAUACAAACAAAAGUGAUUGUUGUUCCUUC